AUGAGUUGUUUGAUUUGCGUAGAAAUUAACACAUUAUCAUCUGUUCACCACAAUACAACAACAUGCUUAAACACAUUCAUCUGACACAUUGAGCUGAUGUUGUCCUAAAUAAAAACCACAAUGACUUUUAAACAGGACAGUUGUUAAGAAUUAUGGGUAGGGGUCAAAGGUCAUCAGUCAGGGUGCAUGUAACAUCACACUUUAAAUCAGUGCAGUGAUGGAGAAAUCAGAGGCUGGGCGGCUUAGAUCUUGUCUGUUGGGUCUGAUCUUCAGUGUGAACACGGUCGCUUCAAUCCUCCGCAGCGUUUCGAAGAGGAAUGGAGAUGUGUAUCUAGUGUUUCCUUAUUUUUGAGCAGGAAAGCACAGGCUUGUUGACUUCCUCUCCCUCCCUUCCUUCCUUCUCUGCGAAGGUACUCAUCUGAAAAAUGAGAACAAAGUGAUUGUUCCUGUUCUCUUUCUUAAGUCACUUCAAAUGCUGUUUGUGCGGCUGGAGCUCAUUGUGAGGAGAGACGAGCAGGAGACAGGCAGGUGAUGGACGAUUUUCACACUCAUGGUCUGAAUGUGUAGAAACCUCCAGCAUGGAUUCGAUUGAGAGCGAAAGCAAGCAUCCAAAGGAGUACGCCAGCAGAAGCGUCGACCUUUCUCUACUUCCCUAUCCUCUUCCUCACCCCAUCAUGCCUCAGCCGCACCGAUACGUCCCGGACAUGAUCGACCUCAACCGGCUGCGGCUCCAUCGUGUCGUCCAGGUGAAGCAGGAGACAGUGAAGCCGCUGCCGCUGUGGCCUCCGUCGCCGUUGCUCAUGCGUUCUCCUACGCCCUACUUUCCUCCUUUCCAUCCCAGCCUGGUGCCGUUCCCAUUCCUCCUGCCCGGCUCCAUCCCGCACAUCUCUCCGAACCCCUUCUACCCCGGUGAGGCCGUGCGGUUCCGCCGCAGGAGCCAAGAAGCCAGCAAAUCAGAAAAGUUGAACGUGCAUGUGGACGACAGCUACUACGUUGACGUGGGAGGUGAUCAGAAGCGCUGGAAGUGCCGCAUGUGCGAGAAGUCCUACACGUCCAAAUACAACCUGAUCACGCACAUCCUGGGCCACAGCGGCAUCAAGCCGCAUGGAUGCAACCUAUGUGGGAAACUCUUCAAGCAGCUGAGCCACCUGCACACACACAUGCUGACGCACCAGGGCGCACGACCGCACAAGUGCCAGGUGUGCCACAAGGCCUUCACGCAGACCAGCCACCUGAAGAGACACAUGAUGCAACACAGCGACGUCAAGCCCUUCAGCUGUGGUGUCUGUGGACGAGGAUUCGCGUAUCCCAGUGAACUGCGCGCACAUGAGCUCAAGCAUGAGAGAGGGCAGGAGAACGUCUGUGUGGAGUGCGGACUCGACUUCCCCACGCUGGCGCAGCUCAAACGCCACCUGACGGCGCACCGCGGGCCUGUGCAGUACGACUGCGGCGAAUGCGGCAAGAGCUUCCAGUAUCCCAGUCAGCUGCAGAAUCACAUGAUGAAGCACAAGGACAUCCGGCCGUUCAUCUGCAGCGAGUGUGGGAUGGAAUUUGUCCAGUCACACCAUCUCAAGCAGCACACCCUCACGCACAAGGGAGUGAAGGAGCACAAGUGUCGCAUCUGUGGCCGUGAGUUCACGCUGCUGGCCAACAUGAAGCGGCACGUUCUGAUUCACACCAACAUCCGGGCGUAUCAGUGCCACCUGUGCUACAAGAGCUUUGUCCAGAAGCAGACGCUCAAGGCUCACAUGAUCGUCCACUCCGACAUCAAGCCCUACAAAUGCAAGAUCUGGCAACCGGAACGAGCAGAGCAGAGCGAGGGUUUUCAGUUCUUUCCUAUGGGGGACGCGUUCCUUGUCAGCGGCACUGAGCGGAGUUUUGCCGCUUGCAUCUACCGUGAUUUCCACACACGAACAAUAUUAUCAUCCGAGCUGUGUGGAAAGGAGUUUAACAGAAUGCAUAAUCUGAUGGGCCACAUGCACUUGCAUUCUGACAGCAAACCCUUCAAAUGUCUUUACUGUGCCAGCAAGUUCACACUGAAGGGAAACCUGACCCGCCACAUGAAGGUCAAACACGGCAUCAUGGACCAAGGCCUGGACGCCCGUGUCUUCAGGCGCCGAGGACGGAUGUGUCUAUCCGGUCCUCUGCGGAUCCUGUCCCGCAUCGGUCAGGAAGAGCCCUUCGAUCUGUCCCAGAAGAACCAGCCGCGUCUGUCUCAGUCUGACGGCGAGAGCGUCCGCGGCGGCAGCUCCGGUCGAGAAGAAGACGAGGACAGUCUGUACCGAAUGAGCCAGUACAGUCCUGAUCUCUACAAGGCCAGAGAGGAGGAGGAGGAUGAGGAGGGAGAGGAGGAGGAAGAGGAGGAGGCCAAUGAUGAGGAGGAGGAGAAGAAGAAACCAGAUGACACUUAGUUCUACAGUGAUAAAGAAGACAAUUUCUGAAGGACAAGAAGACAAAGACUGACAAACAUGCUGUGAAUUAUGAUGUUUUUAAAUAUUUUUAUGUGAAAAAUGUACAGAAAUAUACACAAACACUGCAAAAAAUGAUUUUCUGCAUCAGUAUUUUGGUCAUCUUCCAGCACAAAUAUUAAAACAUUAUUAAAUCAACAUACAUUUCCUUGAGAAACAAAAUGUUUCUCAAAACAAAACAAAAAUUUACAGAUAAUGUACUCACCCCCUUGUCAUUCAAGAUGUUCAUGUCUUUCUUUCUUCAGUCGUAAAGAAAUUGUUUUUUGAGGAAAACAUUUCAGGACUUUUCUCCUUAUAAUGAACUACUAUGGUGCCCCGAGUUUGAACUUCCAAAAUGCGGCUUCAAACGAUCCCAAAUGCGGUUGUAAACGAUCCCAGUCGAGGAAAAAGGGUCUUAUCUAGCGAAACGAUUAGUUAUUUUAAUAAAAAAAUAAUUCAAUUUAUGUAUUUUUUUAAUCUCAAACUGCAGUCUGAAGCUGCAUUUAAACUGCAUUUUGGAAGUUCAAACCAGGAGCAUCCCUGAAGUCCACUAUAUGAAGAAAAAUCCUAAAAUGUUUACCUCAAAAAACAAAACUUCUUUACGACUGAAGAAAGAAAUUCAAGAAUAUCUUCGUGACAAGGGGGUGAGUACAUUAUCUGUCUUUUUUUUUUGUUCUGGAAGUGGACUUAAAAAAAGAACAAAUAUCUGCCACUGGGGUCAGAAAAAAUAAGCUUGACUUGAAAGGAAAAUAAGAUUAUUUUUGCUUCAGUAAAUGUAUUUUAAUUUAAGAAAAUAUUUUAGAUAUGUUCUGGAAAAAAAUAAAAAAAAAUAUACAAAGUAGGAAAAUUAUUUUUUGCAGUGAAAGUAUCUUGAUUUUCAGAAGAAGUGUUUAGUCUGCUUGCUAAUAUUGGUAAAUGAAAUUAAUAUAAUUGAGAUUAGAAAACUGAUAUAUUUCUGACCAUUAAUGCUAAUUGCCUUCAAUGGAGGUGUUCUUGCUUUAAAAUGUUCUGACUUUAAUAAAUUAAUGAUGGAUGGGUUGAUGCAGUACUGACAGCUUUAUGAUAGUUUUGUAUUUUUGUAAACGCAUGAAUGAUUUUAUUUGCUUGUGAAUUUGCUUGUGUAAUUGUUUUAUUUGCAGUGUGAAUGUCGAUUAAUAUUUAUGUAUAAUAAAUUCAUUUAAAGAUUAAA